AGCCGCUGUGGAGGGAGCGGGACCCGGGUCUGGGUUUCCCCGCCUGCGGAGAGCGUUCUCCAGGCAGGCCGACGGCAUUGUGCGACGCCGGAGGGCAAUGGGCAAUGAAGACGACGGGCCGCUCGAGAAAGCUCGGCUCGAAGGGGAAUCAGAGUAGUAUGAUGAGUAGGGCAGGUUGGGAGGAAGCCCGGAAGCGGCGACCAGAGCAUAGACACCGGAAGGUUUCCGAACGUGCUGUCCUGGCCGUGACAGGUCUGCAUACCGUGGUGGGAAGUGAGGGGGCUUCCGUGGACCGAGAGACCAAGGCAUUGGCGGACCCUUUCCUGUGGAUGUCGGUCACCAAAAACAGCCGAGUGGAAUCACAGCGUGUGCCCAGCACCGAGGUCACUGGGGUCAGAUGGCCACAGGAAGUGCUCCCGGGACUGCCAGCUGAAGAGUCGCUGCUGGACCCCAGCCCCAUCACCAUGGGCAGCCCGGAGGGGCGCUUCCAUUUUGCCAUCGACCGUGGAGGCACCUUCACAGAUGUCUUUGCCCAGUGCCCCGGGGGGCACGUGAGGGUCUUAAAGCUGCUCUCAGAAGACCCCGCCAGAUAUGUGGACGCACCCACCGAGGGCAUCCGCCGCAUCCUGGAGCAGGAGGGGGGCAUGCUGUUGCCGCGGGACCAGCCGCUGGACACCAGUCGCAUCGCCAGCAUCCGCAUGGGCACCACGGUAGCGACCAACGCGCUGCUGGAACGGCGCGGGGAGCGGGUGGCACUGCUGGUGACUCGCGGCUUCCGAGACCUGCUGCACGUGGGCACCCAGGCCCGUGAAGACCUCUUUGACCUGGCUGUGCCCAUGCCCGAGAUGCUGUACGAGGAGGUGCUGGAAGUGGACGAGCGUGUGGUGCUGUAUCGAGGGGAGCCAGGGGCUGGGACGCGCGUGGAAGGUACGCACGCCCGAGUGUUGGGGUGCGGGGCAGCAGGCCCAGAGGGGCCUUUGACGGGGCAGCGGCGGGCUUCCCUGCAGGCCGCACGGGGGACCUGCUGGAGGUGCAGCAGCCUGUGGACCUGGGGGGCCUGCGAGGGAAGCUGGAGCGGCUCCUGUCCCGAGGCAUCCACAGCCUGGCCGUGGUGCUCAUGCACUCGUACACGUGAGUGUGGGCCGGCUGGGGCCGCGGGCGGCGGGUGGGCCAGCAGGUGGGCGGCUAGCUCAGCGGCACUGGGCCGUCAUCGUAGGUGGGCCCAGCACGAGCAGCAGGUGGGCGCCCUGGCCCGGGAGCUGGGCUUCGCGCACGUGUCGCUGUCCUCGGAGGCCACGCCCAUGGUGCGCAUCGUGCCUCGGGCUCACACUGCCUGCACGGACGCCUACCUCACACCCGCCAUCCGGCGCUACGUGCAGGGCUUCUGCCGUGGCUUCCAGGGUCAGCUCCAGGACGUGCAGGUGCUAUUCAUGCGCUCCGAUGGCGGCCUGGCGCCCCUGGACUCCUUCAGUGGCUCCCGCGCGGUGCUCUCGGGCCCUGCUGGGGGCGUGGUUGGUUACUCAGCCACCACCUACCGGGCGGAGGGUGGCCAUCCUGUCAUCGGCUUCGACAUGGGAGGCACGUCUACCGACGUGAGCCGCUAUGCUGGCGAAUUUGAGCACGUCUUCGAGGCCAGCACGGCCGGUGUCACCCUCCAGGCCCCCCAGCUGGACAUCAACACCGUGGCAGCCGGCGGGGGCUCCCGCCUCUUCUUCAGGUCAGGCCUCUUCGUGGUGGGGCCAGAGUCUGCCGGAGCCCACCCCGGCCCCGCUUGCUACCGCAAAGGAGGCCCUGUGACCCUGACGGAUGCUAACCUGGUCCUGGGGCGCCUGCUGCCUGCCUCCUUCCCCCACAUUUUUGGGCCGGGAGAGGACCAGCCGCUGUCCCCGGAGGCGUCCCGAAAGGCCCUGGAGGCUGUGGCCACCGAGGUCAACAGCUUCCUGACCAACGGGCCUUGUCCGGCCUCCCCACUGAGCCUGGAGGAGGUGGCCAUGGGGUUUGUGCGCGUGGCCAACGAGGCCAUGUGCCGGCCCAUCCGUGCGCUCACGCAGGCACGAGGCCACGACCCCUCGGCCCACGUGCUGGCUUGCUUUGGGGGAGCUGGUGGGCAGCACGCUUGCGCCAUCGCCCGGGCCCUGGGCAUGGACACCGUGCACAUUCACAGGCAUAGUGGGCUGCUGUCGGCACUGGGACUGGCCCUGGCAGACGUGGUGCACGAGGCACAGGAGCCCUGCUCCCUGCCCUAUGCUCCCGAGACCUUUGUGCAGCUGGACCAGAGGCUGAGCCGCCUGGAGGAGCAGUGUGUGGACGCCCUGCGGGCCCAGGGCUUCCCCAGGGCCCAGAUUAGCACCGAGAGCUUCCUGCACCUGCGCUACCAGGGCACAGACUGCGCCCUGAUGGUGUCCGCCCACCAGCGCCCAGCCACUGCCCGCUCCCCCAGAGCGGGCGACUUUGGGGCAGGCUUCGUUGAGAGGUACAUGAGGGAGUUCGGCUUCAUCAUCCCCGAGCGGCCAGUGGUGGUGGACGACGUGCGGGUGAGGGGCACUGGCCGCAGUGGCCUUCGCCUCGAGUCCGUCCCGAAAGUCCAGAGUGGGCCUCCCCGGGUAGACAAGAUGACCCAUUGCUACUUCGAGGGGGGCUACCAGGAGACCCCCGUGUACCUGUUGGGCGAGCUGGGCUUCGGGCACAAGCUGCAGGGGCCUUGCCUCAUCAUUGACAGCAACAGUACCAUCCUGGUGGAGCCAGCCUGCCAGGCAGAGGUGACCGAGACCGGGGACGUCCGCAUCUCCGUGGGGGCUGAGGCCCCCAGCGCGGUGGGUGCCCAGCUUGACCCCGUCCGCCUGUCCAUCUUCUCCCACCGCUUCAUGAGCAUCGCUGAGCAGAUGGGCCGCAUCCUGCAGCGCACGGCCAUCUCCACCAACAUCAAGGAGCGCCUGGACUUCUCCUGCGCCCUCUUUGGGCCCGACGGGGGGCUGGUCUCCAACGCCCCUCACAUCCCUGUGCACCUGGGUGCCAUGCAGGAGACGGUGCAGUUCCAGAUCCGGCACUUGGGGGCUGACCUCCACCCCGGCGACGUGCUGCUGAGCAACCACCCCAGCGCCGGGGGCAGCCACCUGCCGGACCUGACCGUCAUCACACCGGUGUUUUGGCCGGGCCAGACGCGGCCUGUGUUCUACGUGGCCAGCCGCGGGCACCACGCGGACAUUGGGGGCCUCACACCGGGCUCCAUGCCCCCCCACUCCACCACCCUGCAGCAGGAGGGCGCCGUCUUUCUGUCCUUCAGACUCGUCCAGGCGGGUGUCUUCCAGGAGGAGGCGGUAACUGAAGCCCUGCUGGCACCAGGCAAGAUUCCAGGCUGCAGCGGAACGCGGAACCUGCACGACAACCUGUCAGAUCUGCGUGCCCAGGUGGCAGCCAACCAGAAGGGCACCCAGCUGGUGGGCGAGCUCAUCGAGCAGUAUGGCCUGGCUGUGGUGCAGGCCUACAUGGGCCAUGUUCAGGCAAACGCUGAGCUAGCUGUGCGAGACAUGCUUCGGGCCUUUGGAAUCUCCCGGCAGGCCCGGGGCCUGCCCCUGGAGGUGUCUGCGGAGGACCACAUGGACGACGGCUCUCCCAUCCGACUCCGAGUGCAGGUCGACCCGAGUCAGGGUAGCGCGGUGUUUGAUUUCAGCGGCACGGGGCCCGAGGUGUGGGGCAACCUCAACGCGCCUCGCGCCAUCACGCUGUCUGCGCUCAUCUACUGCCUUCGCUGUCUGGUCGGCCGCGACAUCCCACUCAACCAGGGCUGCCUGGCACCGGUGCAUGUUGUGAUCCCCAAGGGCUCCAUCCUGGACCCGUCCCCAGAGGCGGCGGUGGUGGGCGGCAACGUGCUUACGUCGCAGCGGGUGGUGGACGUCAUCCUGAGGGCCUUCGGGGCCUGCGCCGCUUCCCAGGGCUGCAUGAACAACGUGACCUUGGGCAACGCCCACGUGGGCUACUACGAGACGGUGGCGGGCGGCGCGGGCGCGGGCCCCGGCUGGCACGGGCGCAGCGGUGUGCACAGCCACAUGACCAACACGCGCAUCACCGACCCCGAGAUCCUGGAGAGCAGGUACCCAGUUAUCCUGCGCCGCUUCGAACUGAGACGGGGGUCUGGGGGGCGCGGCCGCUUCCGGGGCGGCGAUGGCGUUAUCCGCGAGCUGCUUUUUCGUGAGGAGGCGCUACUGUCGGUGCUGACCGAGCGCCGCACCUUCCAGCCUUACGGCCUUAUGGGGGGUGAGCCCGGAACCCGGGGCCUAAACCUACUGAUCCGGAAGGACGGCCGGACAGUGAAUCUGGGUGGGAAGACCUCGGUGCCCGUGUGCCCCGGGGAUGUGUUCUGUCUCCACACACCAGGCGGCGGGGGCUAUGGGGACCCAGAGGACCCCGCCCCUCUGCCGGCGUCGCUCCUGCAGCCCCCAGCCUUCCCUGAGCGGGGCAGCGUCUACGAGUACCGCAGGGCCCAGGAGACUGUGUGAGGGAGGGCCCCGUACAAUAAAGGUCCUUUAGGUCGUCCUGUUCCAGUGGCGGCUGGCCAGGCUCA